AUGAACACCUCUAUAUGCAAGCACUCUUUGUCUCCGGCCCAACAAGCCUCUAAACGGACUAAACGUGGGCUUUUACCAGUACCCAAAGCCUGGAUUAGCAAUUUCCGGUCCAGAAUAUAUGGCCGCCUCUCCGCUCUGGCUCACAAACUGGAUCCGAAUUGUCUUAAAUGCAAACCAAACAAAACCUAUAAAAACCCUAACCCUAAGCCGAAAGCGCUUGCUAUAAAAUCGAGAAAAUCGAGCUCAUUUAGCACCGCCUGCUCGUUUUUGAUGAAGGGUGGAUCGGGUUCAGAAGGUUCAGGUGGUCUAGGUUCAAUAGUGGAUUUGGAGUCUCUUCGAUUUAAAUGCAGGUUUGGAGUUUGUAUUGAUGCAAUGGAUGGAGAGGAAGCAAGCAAGGGUACAGUUGCGGAAACAGUCUCAAGUACCGAAGACAGAAUGUUCUGA